UAGAAAUGGAUGAAUUAAGUCACAUGACACUGGAUAAAUUUAGAUUGUGGUCAAUCCAUGCACUGAAGGUGUUUCUAUCUUGUAGAAAUCGCUCCAUAAAUGGGGAGUUUGAUGAACUGGCAGCAAGAGCUUUCUGUGUCUGGGAGGAGAAUCUGCCGGUGAAUGAAAAUGCGGAACUGGCUGAGAAACGACUGCUUCAGGAGUACAAGAAAAAACUGGUCUUAGAUGGCGAUGUCGUUCCAGAUCCUUUCUCAAUUUCAUCAGGUUGGAAAGGUGAAAAGGCAGCUGUUAACACAUGGCCAUCGAUCUACAUAACAGAUAUAGCAACAUACUUGGGUUGUUCGACCACCAAAGAUGUAAUGAACAGGUUGUUGAAUGAGUACAAAGUGGGGAAAGCAUAUAGGUACUUUGAAAGUGAAUGGGUCAAGGAAGUUUAUAUUCAUGAUGUGCGCGAAUCAAGUGACAAAUGUAUUUUGAAAACAAAAGUAACACCAUCACAGGCAAUAAACAAUAAAUGUUAUGAUGUUUGGGUAAUUGUGACCAAAGACAAUGUAAAUGGACCUGGGGGAGAGAUCAUUUCCGCCUACUGCAGUUGCACGGCUGGAAUGCUUGGGUCAUGCAACCAUGUUGCAGGCUUACUUUUCAGGGUGGAACAUGCCGUAAAAACAGGUGCCACCAAGAAGUCGUCAACCAGCAACUUGUCUGAAUGGAAUGUGCCCAAACUUAAAGGAAAACCCUCUAUGAAGCCAAAGAAAGCUGUGGAUGCAAUCUGGAGUAAGGGCAGGUAUGAUAAGAGAGUGACAAGUGAAGAAGAAGAAAAACAAAGAAAGGAAAUGAAAAACAAAUUCACUCCACUAACCAAGUCGCAACAUGAACAAUUAAAUAAUCAAGUAAAAACCAGGACUGACUUGUAUGACUUGUUAAGAACUGAAAUUAGCAACUCUUGCUUUGUGCUAUGCCAGGAGAAGAGAAGGAUAAAGGCCCCAAAAGCCGACAUACCAGAUUCAGUCAUUAAAAUUGCAGAUGAAAUGAAAUCCAGUGACACAGACAAACAUGUAGCAACGGAUAAAUUUGUAGACAAACUGACAUUAUCAAUUGAACGGCGUGAUAAUUUAAAAAAAGCAACAUUGGAGCAAUCCAAUUCACAAACCUGGAAAGAACACAGGAAAGGCAGAGUAACUGCUAGCAUCUUUCAACGGGUUAGCAGCCGGGUUGAAACUCUGAGGAAAAAUAAGGAAGCUGAUCCUUCUGCUUUGGUGGAGACAGUAUUAGGCCAAAAAGAAACUAAACAGACUGUUGCAAUGAAGCAUGGACUAGCACUUGAACCACAGGCCAAGAAGGUUUAUACACAGAAAAUGAGAAAAAUACACAAAAAAUUCAAAUCAAGUGAAUCAGGAUUGUCAGUGUUUAUUGAUAAGCCAUACAUUGCUGCAAGCGCAGAUUUGGAAGUGGAAUGUGAGUGCUGUGGUAAAGGGCUCUGCGAGAUCAAAUGUCCAGAAAGUAUCAAAGACCAGUCACCUUCGGCAGAAAACUUGAAGUAUAUAAAAAUCGAGGAAGGAAAAACUGUGCUUGAUGUACGCCACCCCUACUACUACCAAAUUCAAGGGCAAAUGAAAAUACUCAACAGGCAGUACUGUGAUCUGUUCAUCUACACCUGUCAUGGUGAUGAACAAGUUCGAAUAACAUUUGACAAUAGUUUUUGGGAAACCUUAGAAGAAAAACUUACAUGGUUUUGGACAGUGCAUGUUGCACCUCAGCUUUUAGGUGUAAGCACUACUACUGAAAAUACUGUGAAACUACAAGAAACAGGAACCGAAGCUUCUGUUGAAUCACAAGACCUCGAAAAGGAAAAUACCACAAAAUCACGACAAGGAGAAACACCAACAAAGUCGACGCAGUCAGAAAAACAGUCCCAUGUACGUAGAGCACUUGAACCCGUUGUUCAACAAGAAACAAAAGUUACUCAACCUAAAAAGCGGAUGAAGACUAAGCCUAAGAUCCCAAUUUAUCUCUGUGGUACAUGUGGCUGUGACUGCCUUGAUAUUCCUCUGAGUGAGGAUGAUCAGUCAGUUAACUGUGACAAAUGUGGUGUUUGGGUGCAUUAUGUAUGUGCUGGUGUUUCGGAUAAAGAGUUGGAAGCUGUUGACAAAUGGUACUGCCAUAAGUGCAAGUGACAUAAAUUGUUAGGUUAAAGAUUACAGUGGACAGUGAACAGUGUAGAAUACAAUCCAUAUAUUUCUAGUGUAAAUACUUACAGACUAAAUGUAAUGGCAUUGUUAACGAGUUCAUUCUCUGUGCCUACUGGUCUGACAUAACAACUUGGUAUUAGUCAUUAGUUGUUUUCCUUGUUCCAUGAAUGAUGUGCAAUUAUUUAGAAAAAGUAUUUAUUGGAGAAUCUCUAGUGUAUAUUAUUAUGCAAUAUUAUCCAUACAUUUCUAGUGUAUUUAUAGACUGAAUGAAAUUUCAUUGUUAACUUUGAGUUUAUUCUCAUUGAUCCAUGAAUGAUGUGCAAUUAUUUAGAAAAAGUAUUUAUUGGAGAAUCUCUAGUGUAUAUUAUUAUGCAAUAUUAUCCAUACAUUUCUAGUAUAUUUAUAGACUGAAUGAAAUUUUUUUGAAAAAGUAUUUAUUGGAGAAUCUCUAGUGCAUGAUUGUAGAAGAUUAUCCACACAUUUCUAGUGUACAUACUCAU